AUGAUGAGACGGACAUGGAACGAGCAGUUCCUCAUGAGUGACAGAUGCCACGGCAUCAAUCGCCAGUUUCUCGGACCAGCGGAUAGCCUAGACGACAUAUACUACAGGAUGGAUGCCUCGGAGCAAGGCAAAGCCGCUGAUGUAUCACAAGACUCCCUUGAAGUUGGAACCCCUCAGGUCACACCGUCGAGAGAAGCUGCUGCUCAUGCCGGACCGAAACCCCCGGAAACAAGGUAUUCUAUGGAGCCGGCGCAGAUGCUGCCCGAUGUGUGUACCCCCCCUUCGGCGAUUUUGCCAGUCAUGGUAGCGUUGAAGCUCAAGAGAGGCCUGGCAAGCCUGCAAACGCAUAAAUCGAUAACCGAGCUCACCGAGGGACGAUCCGCACUGUCGAACGAGCUCGUGGGAGACUUGCAGGAAGAGUUUGGAUACGGUGUGCCGCAACCAGAAAACAUUCCAUUAGACCAACUCUGCCUGCGCCUCGAGUCCACGCACGACGGGCGUCUGGGCAAGCCGGCGACGUCGCUCAUAUUCAAGUUCCUGUCCUCGAAGCUCCCCGGCAGCUAUGGCCAGCCGUCCCUGCGUCGGUUCCUCGAAGAACGAUGGGGUCUGGGCCCCAUGAGACAGGAUGCGGUUCUCCUGACUGCUGCGUCCAAGCAGCCCGUGUCCCGGCUCGUCGAUGCCCGAGAGACUGAGGCGUUUUUUUCAGACGUCGCCAAAGAAUACUACCGGCAUCAAGAUCUGGCUGUUCCCCAGACACGCGCACUCGAUUCCCGCGGAUUCGGUGACGGGCUUGUUGACGGCAACGCGACGCGGCCUGUUGGCGAAGGCACUGCUUCACUCAUGAGGGAUAUUGCCAGCGUGCUGAACAACCAUGUCGGCCGAGAGUCGGCGCAGACCGCGGCAAACAACAGCCGCGAGGAGGACAGUGAGCAAGCUGCCGCCGCCGAGUCUUUGUCCCUGUGGCUUUCCGAGCACGGCGACGACUACGCCGAGGGCAUCAAGCCCAUGUUUGACAUUAAGAAACUACGCGUGUACGACUCGUACUGGAACUGGAGUGCUCAGGAUGUAGAAAGGUUCUGCGUUCUCUGGAAGGAGGGCCGUACGCAGCACGAGGCCGAGCUGGCAGAGCUUGCUGGUACCAUCACGAAUCGGGCUUGCAGCCGAUCACUGGCCCAUAUACGACAUGUCCAACAUCAGGUAGAGAAGGACGCUUCGCUUGAAAAUGGCCUGAGUCUGCUAUAUAGGUCUUGUCUGUUGUCCAUAGAAAAAGACCCCGUCUACCGGCCCGGUGCUCCAAGCAUGGCACCCGUAACGGUAAUGGACGAGACGGGGAAUAUAACUACGUCCGAGGUACCCCGGGGUGUCAACUGCAAAAUAUUGAAUCACGAAGAGGUAUCGCCGGGCGUCGACUUCCCUGUGCGCAGGUUCCGGGAUGGCGUGGCCACCUUCUCCCCCGACCUCAGUCUGGCGUAUGCAAAGGAUCGAGAAGGCGCCAGAAACGACGGCUUCACCUUUUCCAGGCGAAACGUCUUGGUCACCGGUGCCGGGAAGGACUCUAUCGGGGUAAACAUCAUCCGGGGCCUCCUCAGGGGCGGCGCGAGAGUCACCGUGACGACGAGCAGUUUCUCACCAGAGACAACACGGAUGUACCGCGACCUUUAUGUCAAGCACGGCGCAAAGGGGUCGGUGUUGCGAGUCGUGCCGUUCAACCAAGGAAGCUACAACGACAUCCAGAACUUGGUGCGUUGGAUUCAGGGGGACGAGGCGUGGGAUCUCGAUUUCGUCGUUCCCUUUGCAGCCGUCAGCGAACAUGGAAGAAAUCUGCAGAGCCUGGAUUCCAGAUCGGAACUCGCACACCGGGCCAUGCUGACCAACUUGCUCCGCAUGCUGGGACUCAUUGCGAGAAGCAAGCAGCGGCAGGGCACGCUCAACAGGCCGGCGACGGUUGUGCUUCCUCUGUCCCCGAACCACGGCCUGUUCGGGGGCGAUGGGCUGUACGGCGAAUCCAAAAAGGCGCUGGAGCCGCUACUCGCCAAGUGGUACUCGGAGUCUUGGGCAGAAUACAUGUCCGUCCUCGGCGUCGUCAUCGGCUGGACACGCGGGACAGGCUUGAUGGAAGGCAACGACGCUGCAGCCCAGUUCGUGGAAGCCAUGGGAGUCGAAACCUUUGGUGUCCGCGAGAUGGCCGACAACAUCCUCACGCUGAUGGGCGGAUGUAUCAAUGCAGAAUGCCAGUUCGGACCGUUGGUCGCAGAUCUGGGCGGCGGUUUCUGCCAAGUCAAGGGGCUUUCGGAAAUGCUGAAAAGUAUUCGAAACAGGCUACGAAUCGAGUCGGACGUACGAAAGGCGAUAGAGGCAGAAAAGGCCCAGGAAAAGGCCGUCGUCACCGGUCCCAGCUCAGCAACCGCAACUCCCGCGCCGCUCGGCACCUUGGGCGUGCUUUCAAACGUCCAAUUCACGCGCCCCAGCUUGCCAGACUAUGACAAAGACAUCGCCCCUCUGGCGGCGUCGCUCCAAGGCAUGGUCGACCUCAGCCGCGUCGCCGUCAUAACCGGCUUCUCGGAGCUGGGACCGCACGGCAACAGCCGCACGCGCUGGGACAUGGAGGCAGACGGGAUGCUGUCGGUAGAAGGCUCCGUCGAGAUGGCCUGGAUGAUGGGCCUGAUCAAGCAUCGUUCUGGGAUCGGGCUCGACGGCACACACUUUGCCGGCUGGAUGGACGCCGAGACUUGCGAGGCCGUCAACGACGUCGACAUCUACGCGCGAUACAUGGCGACCAUGCUUCGGCACACGGGUCUGCGGAAGAUUGAGCCGUCAAUGUGCGACAACCACUACGACCCGGAGCACAAGGAGACGGUGCAAGAGAUUGUGCUUCAACACGAUCUCCCGCCCUUUGAAGCGACGCCAGAGAUUGCCGAGGAGAUGCUCCGGAAGCACGGCGACACAGCGUCGGCGUCCAAAGACGCAGCCGGACGCUGGCAUGUGCAACUGAGAGCCGGAGCGACCGUCAUGGUGCCGCGGUCGUCCUGUUUCAACCGCACCGUGGCGGGCCAAAUCCCAACCGGGUGGUCGGCGAGGAGAUACGGCAUCCAAGACGACAUCAUCGAGCAAGUCGACCCGGUGACUCUGUUCUCGCUGGUCUGCACCGUGGAGGCGCUGCUUUGCGCCGGAAUCGUCGACCCCUACGAGUGGUACCGGAAUAUCCACGUCUCCCAGCUCGCAAUUUGCACCGGCUCAAGCAUGGGCGGCUUGUCGUCGCUGAGACAGAUGCACCGUGACCGCUUCCUCGACGGGCCGGUCAAGCCCGACGUUCUCCAGGAAACCUUUAUAAACACAACAGGGGCGUGGAUCAACAUGCUCCUCAUGUCCUCGUCGGGGCCUAUAAAAACGCCCGUCGGGGCAUGUGCCACGUCCCUCGAGUCCCUGGACACCGGGCUCGACCUCAUCGUCUCUGGCAAGGCCAAGGUCGUCCUGGUCGGCGGGGCGGAAGACUUUGUCGAGGACCUCUCUUUCGAGUUCGGAUCCAUGAACGCCACAUGCAACACGGACGCCGAGACCGCGGCCGGAAGAGAGCCCCGCGAGAUGUCGCGGCCCACGGCGUCGACUCGAAGCGGCUUCGUCGAAGCCCAAGGCUGCGGCGUCCAAGUCUUGACAUCGGCAGAGUUGGCACUCCAGAUGGGCCUGCCCGUCUUUGGUAUCGUCGCCUACACAAACCUGUCGGCGGACAAGUCCGGCCGCUCCGUGCCGGCACCAGGAAUAGGAGUCGUCGGCAACGCGCAGGAGUCGGUCCUGCCAGGCACGUCCAAGCCGAGGACGGACGCCGUCGCCUGGCCGCUGUGGAAUCUGAAACAUCGACGUAUGAUGCUGCUGCGACGGAGGGAGCAGAUUGCCGAGUAUGUUCAAGACGGCCUGGACCAGCUCCAGUCCGAGGUUGACCUGUUGAGGGCGUCAAGCUUGCACCUCGUGCAGCAAGACUUGGACCAGUACCGGGAGAGUCGUGCCGCUGCCAUCAUGGAAGAAGGUCGGCGCCAGGAAAAGGAAGCCGCUUUCGGUCUGGGCAACAACUUUUGGAGAAGCGACGCGUCAAAGCGCACGUCGCCGAUCCGAGGGUCGCUGGCAACAUGGGGCCUGGGAGUAGACGACAUAUCUGUCGCGUCUCUCCACGGGACGUCGACCGUCCAGAACGACACCAACGAGGCGUUUGUGAUUCAGGAACAGAUGCGCCACCUGGGCCGCCGGCAGGGCAAUCUCUUGCCGUGCGUAUGUCAGAAGUGGCUCACGGGACACCCAAAGGGGGCCGCGGGCGCCUGGAUGAUCAACGGCUGCCUUCAGAUGAUGAACUCCGGACGGAUACCCGGCAACAGAAACGCCGACAACGUGGACGAGGAUCUGCAAAAGCACCAGUACUUGUGGUUUCCCGGCGAGACGGUGGGAACCAGCGGCCAGGGGCACCUCAAAGCAUGUUCCGUGACGUCUUUUGGAUUCGGGCAGAAAGGGGCACAGGCACUCCUCGUCCACCCUCGCUACCUGUAUGCGACUAUUUCCAGAGCGGAAUACGAGGAGUAUCGACACAGGGUGGACGUGAGACUCCAGCGCUCAUCCCGGUCUCUGGUCCAGGGGAUGAUGGGGGAAGACUUGGUGUCGUCGAGGAUGAAGACGACGCCACCUUAUGAUGCGCGGGACGAGGUUUCUGCUUUGCUCGACCCCAACGCACGCUUUGGGUUGAAGGAUUGCGUGGGUGGUUAG